UGCAGCACAACGCGUUAAACCCUCUACGCCACACUAUAUAUAAAAGACCCUCAGCAACUUCUCUUUAACCAAAAACUCAAACCUACACUCACUAGAUUCAAACUAAAAUGGCCAUAGGUUCUCGUGUUUUGAUUUGUCUGACCAUGAUCCUUGUAAUUUCAGGAACACUACUAGUUCCAGGGCAUGGAACGUGCCAAGGUGACAUCGAAGGUCUCAUGAAAGAGUGUGCCGUCUACGUGCAGCGUCCAGGCGCAAUGGUAAACCCCUCUGCAGCGUGCUGCAGAGUCGUUAAGAGAUCAGACAUCUCUUGCGCGUGUGGCCGUAUCACAGCUUCAGUGCUAAAAAUGAUAGACAUGGAUAAGGUUGUUCAUGUCUCUGCCUUUUGUGGGAAGCCUCUAGCUCAUGGUACCAAGUGUGGAAGUUACGUUGUGCCAUGAAAUUUGGGACCAGAACUUGGGAGCUAAAAGGGGUUUCUAGAAUAAAUUGUUUGUGCAUGAAGCUGUAGCUGCUGUACUAUUUCGUAUUUCCCCACUACUAAAAUACUCUUGUAAUCUCCCUAAAAUCCACUAUCAUUAAAAUCUACUCUUUAUGUUAUCUCUAAUAUUCCAUGUUACGAGUCGAAAGACGAAAAGUAUCUAUGGUAUCGUCAAGAUUCAAUAUAUUGAUGCUACGACUUUCCAGUA